GUAUCUACAAUUGUCAGCCUCAACAUGCAGGAGUACGACCCUGGUCCGAUCUUUGAAGAACCACAGAACGACGGAGACGAUAAUGUCGAUAUGAUGGAAGUAGACAACCUGGACGACGACCAAAAACCAAGUGAUUCGGAAAGAUUGUUGAUCUCGGUGGACUUUGGUACGACCUUUUCAUGUGUCGCAUACACUCGCGUGCACAAAGGAGUUCGACCUGGUGAGGUGAACAUCUCGCAAGUCAAUUGUGUCAACACGUUUGAUGACUACGAGCCGAGAGGCGAGAUGGCACAAAAGAGAGAAGAUGUCCCGAGCGAAUUGUGGUACAAUCCCGAUUUGGAUGACCAAGAUGACGUGGAGCACGAUCCGAUUGAUGUCGAAAACUAUCCAAGCGGGAAAGAAGAUCACUGGAAGAGCAGUUACGCAUCAUCUGACGAAGAUGAGCCAGAGAAGCCUAAAGAGGUCCUUUCGCGACAACGAACCCUGGAAUCUCAACCAAUGACCUCUUGCCCGGGCUGCUGGGGCUUCCAAGUUCAGAACCGGCUCAAGGAUGUUGAUAUUCCAAAGCAGGAACAAGGUCGCCUAUCAAGAUUCAAGCUUUUGCUCGACAAUAGUGAAGUCACAAAAGAAUAUAGACAUCGACUUCAAUAUACCUUAAGAACACUGAAGAGGAAGGGGUUGAUAGAAGACAAGAACGACAUUUACGCACAUUACCUCACCCAUCUACUUCAGAAUGCCAAAAGGCACCUGGAAAGAUCCAGGGAGCUGGAAGACAAUCCAUCUAUAGAGUUCAUACUCUGUGUUCCGGCAAAGUGGCCCAUAAAGGGAUCUCGAAUCCUUCAACAAGCAAUGGAAAGAGCUGUGUUAGGUGCGGGAUUUGGAUUGGAAGCACAGGAGAGUGUCCAUAAUCUCUUUAUUGUCACCGAACCAGAAGCUGCUGCAACGUGUGUGCUAGCUGAGAACCGUAACGAUAUAUACUUCAACGAAGUUGUCCUCAUCCUUGAUGCAGGAGGUGGAACUGUAGACGCUGUCACAUAUAGAGUGACUAACAAUGAGCCGCUCAGAAUGGACGCCGAAGUAGUCCCACCAGAAGGAAAACUAUGCGGGGCAAGCUUCAUCAAUGAAAGAUAUGAGAAACGCCUGAUGGAAAAGAUUCGAGAUGAGACAUACUUAAUCAAGAACGGAAAGACCUUGAAAAGCAUCGUUAAAGCUGAGAGCAUAAACUUUGAGAAUGGCCAGAAACGCCUCAUAGACCUCGACGAGAUUCGGUCAGGACCCUAUGUCGUGUACAUAGAUGACCUGAGAGAGGAUAAAACGAAAGGUUUGAAGCAAAACCGUCUCAUUCUAACACAUGAAGAUAUGGCGAAUAAAAUAUUUCUGGAUUCAUUGCGCGGAACAAGAGACAUCCUGAACAAUCAGUUGGAGCUCGCAGAAGGUCCUGAGAGGAAGGUCCAGAAAGUCAUAUUGACUGGUGGAUUUGGUCAAUCUCCUGCCCUAAGAAAUUAUUUAAGGGGGAAAUUGGAAAAGUACAAUCGAAGAAAGCAAGCAACCAUAGAAUUGCUGUAUCCCAAAUCGCCUUCCACAGCGGUCGCGAAAGGUGCUAUAUUGCGUGCCUUGAAAAAGGGCGAUGGGCCGGAAAGGAUCACCCAAUGCAGUUAUGGGUUUUUACGAGACGAAUUGUACGAGCCGGAAAAGUACCCCGAACACAGCAGAGCCCGAGCGAAGAUCGACGAAGCCGACGGGGAGCAAUACGUUGUCGAUACAAUCGAUUGGCUCAUCAGUGCGGGAGACCGAUUGCCCAACCGGAAAGAGUUCUCGAUUCCUGUUAUACACACAUUUGUUCUGAACAGUGAGAAGCUUGAAUGUGUAGAGGAAUUGUAUGUUUCAGAGAACAAACAUCAAUCUCAUUACAAGAAGGGCAACGCAAAAAAUAAAGGAGCUGAGCUAGCCGGUUCAAUAAUCGCAGACAUGACAUUUCUGCGAGAUGAAAACCACAUCCAGCCAGAGCGCCGGUCCGAAUCCAGUGAGUUGGACGAAGAGCCCGAACUACUUCACUGGGCGGUACGUUUCGAACUCGUUAUGAUUGUCGAAGGUCGAAAUCUUCGGUACCAGGCACGGUGGCCAGAGGCAAAAAAUCUUCGUGCCGGACAGCGGCCACAUAUCCGAGCACAAGCUCAGGUCUGCAUAGCUGCGGCUUUUCAACCAGGAACUGCAUGA